AUGGGUGCCACCUUAGGCAGGAACCGAGGUGGGGGCGAAGAGAGUGGUGAUGCUUCUUCUCAAAGUGCUUAUAGAUACCCUCCUAAAACAGGUAGUUACUUUGCAUCACAUUUUAUCAUGGGAGGAGAGCGCUUUGAAUCACCACAGCCUGGCGAAUACUUGUUUGGAGAUAGUGAAGAAUUAAAUUUUCUUGGAAGUAAGCCAGUUCCAUUUCCCUAUCCUGUUCCAACUGGAAAUGACCCUACAAAAACUUUAAAAAGUCUGGUAUACAUCCGCAAAGACUCACUAAGGCUUGUCAAAGCCUCUUCCGCAAACAAGGUGGCCUUGGAUGGUGGUGUUGAUGUAAGUGGAAACCCUUACAAUGUUGAGUUCAUUUUCGACUCGGAUGUGCGCUGUGCGAUCAAGAUUUACUACUUUGCAGCUGAAGAAUUUGCUGGUGGCCAUGUUGUAUACCAUCCAAGAGACACUAGCAUGAGCUCUGAAACCUACCACUAUAAACGAGGAGCCGGCCAGAAUUUCAGCCAGCCAUCCCAUACAGUAGACCCCAGUAAAUUCCCAGAUGAAGAGUGGCAGUACAGCUUUGACAAAGAUGUUUAUCCCAUUGCUAUACACUGUACUGUAGAAGAGGAAGAACAUGCAGGCCAUGCACAUAUUACAUAUGCUGUGAUAGAGAAGAGUCAAGAAGGCAGCUACACUGUGAAACCACUGAAGCAAAAGCAGGUGGUCGACGGCCUGUGUUACUUGCUGCAGGAGAUUUAUGGCAUUGAGAACAAGAGCAUGGAACGUAUGAAGGAUGUUGAUCCAGAUGACGAAGUGGAGGACAGUGGGGCAGAGUGUGUGAUUUGCAUGUCUGACAUGCGGGAUACACUCAUCUUACCCUGUCGACAUCUGUGCUUGUGCAGCAGCUGUGCAGACUCCCUGCGCUAUCAGGCCAGCAUGUGCCCCAUAUGCCGAGUCAAGUUUCGGGCCCUUUUACAGAUCAGGGCCAUGAGGAAGAAGGUGGUGCCAAAUACAACUAAUUCUCCACAGUCUGACACAGAAGAAAAUCCAGUGAAUCAAGAAGGUGUUCCACAAGGAUAUGAGGCAAUAUCUCUGAUUGAAGCUCUGAAUGGACAAGUUGUUCCGCCAAUAAGUAGUGAAGGCGUUCAUCUUCAAAUAUCAAGCCCUCUCACUGUGUUUUGUCUGGAGAAGAAAGGACAGAAGGAAACCAAGGUUACAGUAUCAGGUCCCAUUGAGUACCAGAAAGAAAUGGACACAGACAAGGAAAGCAACAAAGGAACUCUGGAAAAAAAGAAGGAUAAAGAAAAGGUGGUAGACACCACAGAUGUUACAUCCACGGAGGCUAACUCUGAUGCCACCCCAGAUGAGAUUGUGCCCAGGCAUAUUGUGAAAGACGUGGUUGCACCCACACCACUGAAGUCUACAGUUGUGACAGUUAGGUGUGGCUCCGAUGGAACCAUGACAACGGAAACAAAGAUAUCAACAGUGAGAGAGACAGAACUGAUACCAGCAGCAUCCCUAAAUAGGAGACUGCAUGAGAGAAAUUUCAAGGCUAGCAUCAAUCUUGGUCGCAUGACCUGCGGACUGUCAACAGGCGACAUGGCCGAUGAUGAGAGGGAGGACAGCUCGAACCAGAGCCUGAUUACGAUGACAGGGAUAGCGAUGAUUUGGGCACUGCAACCACAGCCAGCAACCAGGAUUUGUACGAAACGAUGUCAGCAUCUGGAAGUCUGUCAGAAUUGCCAGGUAUUCCUAUAG